AUGGGUAUCAGACCAUGGCCUGGUGGCCCAGAGGACCACACGGGUAUCAGACCAUGGCCUGGUGGCCCAGAGGACCACAAGGGUAUCAGACCAUGGUCUGGUGGCCCAGAGCACCACACGGGUAUCAGACCAUGGCCUGGUGGCCCAGAGGACCACACGGGUAUCAUACCAUGGUCUGGUGGCCCAGAGGACCACACGGGUAUCAGACCAUGGCCUGGUGGUCCAGAGGACCACAAGGGUAUCAGACCAUGGUCUGGUGGCCCAGAGCACCACACGGGUAUCAGACCAUGGCCUGGUGGCCCAGAGGACCACACGGGUAUCAGACCAUGGUCUGGUGGCCCAGAGGACCACACGGGUAUCAGACCAUGGUCUGGUGGCCCAGAGGACCACACGGGUAUCAGACCAUGGUCUGGUGGCCCAGAGCACCACACGGGUAUCAGACCAUGGCCUGGUGGCCCAGAGGACCACACGGGUAUCAGACCAUGGCCUGGUGGCCCAGAGGACCACACGGGUAUCAGACCAUGGUCUGGUGGCCCAGAGGACCACACGGGUAUCAGACCAUGGCCUGGUGGCCCAGAGGACCACACGGGUAUCAGACCAUGGUCUGGUGGCCCAGAGCACCACACGGGUAUCAGACCAUGGCCUGGUGGCCCAGAGGACCACACGGGUAUCAGACCAUGGCCUGGUGGCCCAGAGGACCACACGGGUAUCAGACCAUGGUCUGGUGGCCCAGAGGACCACACGGGUAUCAGACCAUGGCCUGGUGGCCCAGAGGACCACACGGGUAUCAGACCAUGGUCUGGUGGCCCAGAGGACCACACGGGUAUCAGACCAUGGUCUGGUGGCCCAGAGCACCACACGGGUAUCAUACCAUGGCCUGGUGGCCCAGAGGACCACACGGGUAUCAGACCAUGGCCUGGUGGCCCAGAGGACCACACGGGUAUCAGACCAUGGCCUGAUGGCCCAGAGGACCACACGGGUAUCAGACCAUGGUCUGGUGGCCCAGAGGACCACACGGGUAUCAGACCAUGGUCUGGUGGCCCAGAGCACCACACGGGUAUCAUACCAUGGCUUGGUGGCCCAGAGGACCACACGGGUAUCAGACCAUGGCCUGGUGGCCCAGAGGACCACACGGGUAUCAGACCAUGGUCUGGUGGCCCAGAGCACCACACGGGUAUCAUACCAUGGCCUGGUGGCCCAGAGGACCACACGGGUAUCAGACCAUGGUCUGGUGGCCCAGAGGACCACAAGGGUAUCAGACCAUGGUCUGGUGGCCCAGAGGACCACAAGGGUAUCAGACCAUGGUCUGGUGGCCCAGAGGACCACAAGGGUAUCAGACCAUGGUCUGGUGGCCCAGAGGACCACAAGGGUAUCAGACCAUGGUCUGGUGGUCCAGAGGACCACAAGGAUUAUCUUAGCCCAAUCACUAAACCAGAUUAUCUUAGUCCAGUCACUCAACCAGAUUAUCUUAGUCCAGUCACUCAACCAGAUUAUCUUAGUCCAGUCACUCAACCAGAUUAUCUUAGUCCAGUCACUCAACCAGAUUAUCUUAGUCCAGUCACUCAACCAGAUUAUCUUAGUCCAGUCACUCAACCAGAUUAUCUUAGUCCAGUCACUCAACCAGAUUAUCUUAGUCCAGUCACUCAACCAGAUUAUCUUAGUCCAGUCACUCAACCAGAUUAUCUUAGUCCAGUCACUCAACCAGAUUAUCUUAGUCCAGUCACUCAACCAGAUUAUCUUAGUCCAGUCACUCAACCAGAUUAUCUUAGUCCAGUCACUCAACCAGAUUAUCUUAGUCCAGUCACUCAACCAGAUUAUCUUAGUCCAGUCACUCAACCAGAUUAUCUUAGUCCAGUCACUCAACCAGAUUAUCUUAGUCCAGUCACUCAACCAGAUUAUCUUAGUCCAGUCACUCAACCAGAUUAUCUUAGUCCAGUCACUCAACCAGAUUAUCUUAGUCCAGUCACUCAACCAGAUUAUCUUAGUCCAGUCACUAAACCAGAUUAUCUUAGUCCAGUCACUCAACCAGAUUAUCUUAGUCCAGUCACUCAACCAGAUUAUCUUAGUCCAGUCACUCAACCAGAUUAUCUUAGUCCAGUCACUCAACCAGAUUAUCUUAGUCCAGUCACUCAACCAGAUUAUCUUAGUCCAGUCACUCAACCAGAUUAUCUUAGUCCAGUCACUCAACCAGAUUAUCUUAGUCCAGUCACUCAACCAGAUUAUCUUAGUCCAGUCACUAAACCAGAUUAUCUUAGUCCAGUCACUCAACCAGAUUAUCUUAGUCCAGUCACUCAACCAGAUUAUCUUAGUCCAGUCACUCAACCAGAUUAUCUUAGUCCAGUCACUAAACCAGAUUAUCUUAGUCCAGUCACUCAACCAGAUUAUCUUAGUCCAGUCACUCAUCCAGAUUAUCUUAGUCCAGUCACUCAACCAGAUUAUCUUAGUCCAGUCACUCAACCAGAUUAUCUUAGUCCAGUCACUCAACCAGAUUAUCUCGGCCAAUAA